AAAUCAGGAACAAUCACUCCUUAAGACAAAGCUCUUCAAGGUUACCAGGGAAGGAAACCUCGCUUAGUCCUAUGCUGGCAAAUCCUGUUAUGUAGCCGUGCAGACGAACUUCGACCAGAAAUUGUCACUGCCAGCUAGAGAGAAAGUAACUUGUCACUUUUACCACAAUAUUCUGCAUACAGUAACUCCACAGUAAAGUUAUCAAGGUGCAUUUGAGGAUUUUUGCCUGUAUUAACCAUGGGGAUAACUGAGCAUGAGAAACAACUUAUAGAGAAGUACACACAAGAAGCAUUUCAGCUCCCUAGGGAUGAAGCAAUCAAGAAGAUUACCAUGGCUUAUAAGCAUGCUCAGGAGAUGGGUAACCAAUUCACUAUUCGUGCUUGUGCUACCAACCUGGGAGCCAUGUAUAUCAGCUCUGGUCGUAAAGAGGAUGCAGAGAAAGGUCUCAAGUACCUCGAUGAGGCUAGGCCACCAGAUGGUUGUGCAGACUGUGCAUCUAAUGGAGAUCUUUUCUUCAACAUGGGUCUGGCCUAUGAAGUGCUGAAGAGUUAUAAAAGGGCUAAUGAUUAUUUUGAAAAAGCCUGGAAUGAAUACAAAAAAGAGCGUGACAACUUGAGCAUGGAGAUUGACACUCUAAAAAGACUUAUAAAGGCCUGUUCAAUGAGGAAAAAAUCAGCAGAAGUGAUCAGAUGGUAUAUAACAUUGGAGGAGACAUGCCAAAAAGCAUUGCAACCUUUAGAAAGGCUGCAGGCAAUGGUGAAACGUAUCUCUUUGCAAAGAUUCUUAAAAGAGGAUUACUCUGAAGGGUUGAAUGAAUGCUGUAAGGAAGUGGACAACCUCUUGUUGAAUGACCCCACAUCUGUACCCAAUGAGUAUCUGGUGAAAGUGGCAGUGCUUUUGACACAGUCUCGUCUCACAGAACAUGCAAAAAAAUAUUUAGAGGUGGCUCAAGAAAGAUUUGAGAUGGAGGAUGAAGACAGUUUGGAACAGGCAGUAGUUUUGCAGAACUUGGGCACAAUAUGCUACUACCAGUCUCAGUGGAAACACUCAGCCACCUACCACAGUGACGCUGCAAAAAUAUUUAAAAAGUACUCUUCUCUUCAGUUUUCCUCCAGGUCACCAAUUUUGUCAAAAACAGCCAAAUUGUGCUUGGGGCAAUGCUUAGCAAGCCAAGCAUUAGCUCUUGUUAAGAUGGAGAGCUUGGAUGAUGCACGGUUGAAGUUUCUGGAAGCCUUAAACAUGGCCAAAGAGAGUGAUGAUCAAGAAAAUAAAUGGCAGCUGGAAGAAGUUCUUGGGGCUGUGCAUUUUCGACUUGCUGUUUAUGACUGUGACAUUCCAAAACCUGUUAUGUCUGAUUCUGCAAGACCACUUUCAAAGUUACAAUUAGAAAACAUGGAGAAAUCUAUAAUGUUUUACAAAGAAGCAUUGGCUGAUCAGGCAAAGCUGCUUAAGGACACAUCAAGUGUGCAGGACAGGAUUCUGAAAAAACUUAUUUUAGUUCAGACAUUUAAGGAGACAUCACAAAAGCUGACCAAGAGUGCUGCACAAGCCAAAGUUUUGUCCAAAAGUUUGCAAAAUACAGUCAGUAUUGAGCAGGAUGUAGAAGAUGAGGAAGCCACGGAGAAAGAUGAUGAUUCAGAAACUGAAAAAGAAGAUGAAGAAAUUGAUGAUGAUGAUGAUGAUGAUAAUGAUGAUGAUGAGGAGGAGGAGGAGGAGGAGGAGGAAGAAGAAGAGAGGAGAAGGAGGAAGAAGAAGAGGAGGAAGAGACGGAGGAAGAAGAAGAAGAAGAGGAGGAGGGGGAGGAGCAGGAAGAGGAUGAUGAUCAUACUUUUGAUAAAAAGAAAGACACGAAAAAUAAGUUUUCCAGCACAAGGUCUCAGGUUACACAAGAAAACAUUGAAUCUGAUGAUGAUGACGACAGCACUACUACUGAUGAUGAUGAUGAUGAUGAUGAUGACAAUGAUAUUAUGGAUAUGAAUAAAGCUUACAGGCAGCAACUUCAGCCAGAUGACACCCCAAAAGGCCAUAGAAACCAGCAUAAUUUUCAGGCUGAUAUUCACUCGCAUUCCAUAUCCACAAGUUCUGCAGAAUCUAUUGUGGAAUCAACAUUGGAUCUGAUGGAGAGAAAGACAUCACCAGCAAAGAAGAUGGUGACAUGCAGCACACCGUACCUACCCUACCUUCUCAGUCACCUCCAACCACAAUAGUUGGCAGUGGAACAUAUGAAAAGCCUCAAAACUCCCCCAUGGAAAAAACCCAUCAUUUUCGUAGAACUCAUGAUGACAGAGAACUCUCCCUCUUCAAGGGACAUCGCACUAUGCAGAGCUGAGCUUUGAAACCUGUUUUGAACAAAGGUGAGCUAGCAGCAGUGACCACUUCAUCAUGCUGCUGAAGCAAAGAGAAAAAAGUAAAAAUAAAGCAUACUACUGCUGCUGAGGAUUUUUUUUUAAAAGUUAUGCAAUAUGUAAUGAUUUUGAAAAUGCAGUACACACAAGAAACUGUUCAGCCUUGUAACCAACAUGUCAGUCCCUGAUGGCUACGUAGGAUCGAAAUUGUAGAUUUUAUUCAGAAUUUUUACUCAGGCGGCUGGCCUGCUGUCUCUCCACUCUCACUUCCAAAUCAGAGAAAGCCUCCCAGAACUGUAAAGCUACGCCACUUAUCCUAUCCCCGUUGAAUUCCAGAAACCACCCCCUAGCCAUACCUAGUCAAAACAAAUGCUGAGUUUGGAUUGUGUCAUUUCAUGAUAUUUGAAUAGUGUUCCUUCUGUUCAAAACUCAGCAAUAAGGAUAUGAAGAUUAUGCUGCAGCUAGGUCUGUUUUCUAAAUGGCAUUGAUAUCUAACAUGAUUUACAAGCGACAAGUGUUAGAGUUUUUACAUCUCUCUAAUUUCCAUCUGUUUGAGUGUUUUCAGAAUUUUUUUUUUAAAUUUUAGUUUGCUUUAUUCUUUAUUAUUUGCAAUUAUCAUUUCAGCAUAUGAGUUAGCAUUUUUUUUAACAGUGUAGUUUGAUAUGAGGGUGAUGUGCACUGAGCACACCAGUCACUCAGCUUUAGUUGCUGAACAGGGCAUCUGGAUGCAUGUCAAAAGCUUUAGCAAGUGCUACUUUUUUCUUGAGUGUAAAGGUUUAGUUUCCCUUCUACCAGCUUGAUAGUAGUAAAUUUGAAAUCCCUUGAUACAGUACCUGUAUUCUUGAACUGUUACCUGUUGUUAUUGAUUGCUAGUAUUUGCAUUCUUAUAUUGGUAUAGAUAUAAAAAUAAAUAUAGAAAUAAAGAAUAAAAAGAACUGUAAGAACAACAAACAAACUUUCCCACUGUGAACUGUAAGUGUUCCUGCACUGCUAGCCUACCCCUGAGAAAUCUUAUAAAGACAAGAUAUUGGUUACACACAGUUGUAGCUCAUCAUACUUUGACUGGUAUUUUUGAAAAAUGUGCAGGAAGCAGCAAAGAUUUUGAUACAUACAAUGAUGCAUAUGAGACUAUUGAAUUCGUCGAAAACAAAAGCGUCAAAAACAGGAUCUCAUCCAUAGACAAUGAGGAGACCAUACCAAAAGAGACUGAGAGAAGUGGAUCAGUCACGUCCACAAAAGAACAGAAACAGUCCAAAUCAUGUACAAUUAUGUAAUUGCAAAACACAUGAAAAUGUGUGAUAAGGAAAUAGAUGUUAUUGCACUUGCAUUUUUUUCUCAGUUGUGAUGUGGUAUUUACACACUGAUUUUCCAAUAACAUGAUCUGGUAUUACAGUCAUUAUGUUUUGUGGGAAAGAAGCAAUAACCUGAUGAUCUGUGCAUUUGACUUUGGCACAGGAGGUUGGCAGUUCAAUGCUCACCUACAUCCUACAUUCCUACCCAGCAGAUGGGUAUCUGAUUUAUCAAGGAAAAUAAAAAGUGGUAGGAAAAGUGUUGGACUCAGCACUUGCCAAUAAGACUGCAGGUGCUGUUAAACUGUUGAUGUAGAAAACUUAUAUCACAUGUUCUCUCACAAGGAGUUGUAUUAACCAAGAAGUUAAAACAUGAGACUAUUCUCCCACAUUACUGUAGCUUCGUCCAUCGCCAUGAACUGUGGACAGUCAUGACUAGUGCUUUGAGCCUGCCUUCAACGGUAGGGGAAAGCGCUAUACAAAUCAACAUAUUAUUAUUACUGAAAAUGAUUGUUUUCCUAUAUUAUGAUGACUUGAGUAAAUAAAAGCCAGCAUUUUCUUGAAGAAGAAAAAAUCUCCAAAUGUUAGAAUUAUUAGAGAAAUGUUCUGAUGCACAAACUAAAAUCAAAACAUCUUAACAUUAUGCCUCAGUUUUCUGUCUCUAUUCCUAUAUUUUUAUAAAUCAGAUUUUAUGAACAUUUAUUUAACUCUUUGCCAUUCGAGUAACUUUUUUUGGUUGACAUUUUGUUUUUGUUUACCAGUUAGGAUAAACAUUCCUUUUGGAUAAGUCUGCCAAUCAUUGUCAUCUUCACCAUUGUUAUAUUCUCUGAAUUUUAGUCUUCUAUUGUAGACAUUAGAUAAGGCUCUAUGCAAAUACACCACUGAAUCUCACAAACAAAACCAAGACAAAGUGGUCGGUCAGACAAUGUUCAUAACAUUUUUAGCAAAACCUAAAGAUCAAAUACAGUUGAAUGACGAUUAAAAAUGUUUAACUUAAAAGUUUUAACAAUGUGUGUGUAGGUAUGAGAGAGUGAAUAAGUGUUGAAGGAAUAUAAAAGCUUGUCUUCAUUCUACCUACUAACAAUAUUUUUGGCAAAAUCGUGGAAAUGUUUAGAACUUUUCUGAUAAACAAAGAGAAUGUUUGUUUCCUUUCUUUGGAAAGUUACUCUACUGAAAGUUAUUGAGUUUUCACCGAUUCAAAGUCUCUUUGUCACAACACCAUGUGAGCAAUAGAAAACAUGACAUCCUCAGCAACAAAUUAAGUCCAGACUUACUGACAUAUAGGGAAAACUUGUUUAGUAUUUGGAAGACGCAAAAUUAAGUAUUUUCUCAAGGUUUCACAGAGUGAUUUUAAUGGGUUUUUUUUUUUUGUAGCUCAGCAGACAUAACUGGUUUUCUUGUUGUUUUGUUAUAUGCAUUUUUUAAACAAAAAAAAAUGGAUGCUGUUUUUUUAAGAAAGUUAUUACAAAACAUGUUUUUAACAUGUUUAUUUAAAAUGAUAUUAGCAGAUUCAACACUUUAUAUAUAUAUUAUGGUUGCAUUGUCUGUAGAUGUCCGUAUUGCAGAUUUCUUAAAGUAUGCUAGAUUACGAAAACUUUUAAAGUAUGGACACAUAAAAAUAACAUGAAAAAGAAAACACUCUGAGCAUUUAUUAUGUAAGAAGAAUUUAAACAUUAUUAUUAAGUUUUGAUUUAAGUAUAGAACAGAUAAACAUUGCAUGAUAAGUACCUUUCUUAACUCGAACUUCAGUGACUUCAUAUUUGACACUCUUUUGCAUUCCAAGUUCACAAACUAGUUAAACAUGUUUUAACUUGUGUAUGUUAUCAUAGACAAAUGAUAUAAAUUGAAUUAUAACAGUGCUUAAUCUAUUUUCUUCAAAUCUUUGUGGACUGUUGAAAGUUACACUGAGAAUUAUACUGACACAAAUAAAAACCAUAUUUUUAAAAAUGGUAAAUUUUUUUUUUAGCUUACACACUUUCAUUCACUGAGACCAAUGCAGUUUUGAUUUCACUCAAAUCACCUUUCAUCCCAGACACAUUCAAGUAGAGAAAGGAAAUACUAGGAUGGGGGUUCAGAGAUGGGAGAGAACCAGUGAGGACAUCGCAGCUCCUAUUUGUGUUCAUAUCAAUAGCUCAGUGUAUGACUUCCACAAUAAAUCUCACAUGUCCACAUUAUUGCUUAUUAUGAAACGAUAUCCUUCUAAAUUGUAUAUCUAUUCUUUAAAAAAA